AGUACCGGUUAUUAAAGUAUUCAUUGUAUCUCUCAAAUUUAUUUAUUAUUUGCUCGCUCUGGCAAAAUCAGUUAGGACGGAAUAUGUUGAAAUUUUUGCUAACAUUUAGCGCUGGUAUUUAUACCGGCAUCUACAUCAGUCAAAAUUAUGAGGUGCCCCGCGUAGACGAGCCGAGCAAAAUAAUUGACAAAAUUAAGGAAAUGGCCGAUGAACAUCGUAAAAAGAAUCCUGCAGAACAAUUGCUGUAUGAUGUCAAAAAAGGGGCCAAGAAAAUAGUGGAUUGAUGUAAGAGCUACAAAUGCCAGUACGAGGUACAAAAGCCAACCUAGUUAAUUCACUUCUAAAACUUCACAAUAAAAAAACAAAUCUCAAUCUCUAUAUAACCACAAAAUUGUUAUUUUAAUAAACAGUCAUGUAGAAUACCAUAAGUAAAUAAUAAAAUACAGCAUAAUAAAUUACAUCUUUAAAAAGAAA